GGAGCUUCCGGGUGGCGAGGCUGCGCCUUUCUCAAGGGCUCUGGUUCGGGGUGGAAGGGGCUGGCGCCUUUUGUCUUCUGCCCUGGUACCUACGGACUUUGCCUUUUACUUGCUGAAGUAAAAGAGCCUUGGAAUCAGCGGGGCGCCUUCAGGUCUCUGAGUUCUCCGCCUGGCUCCCAGGGAUUCUGAAGCAGCGUGGGAGGACAGUACUUGGAGAAACAGUGCGCUUGUGAAGGCAUGUCCUUUUGGAGCUACGUCCUGAAGUUGUUUAUAUGCCAUCUCUCACUCUACUUAAGAGCAAUGAAACAAAAUUUGAGAUAAUACAGCCACCUACAAAGCUGCCUACCCAUUGGGAUAAAGAAUGGGAGCUGACUGAUAUGGUGGUGUGGGUGACCGGAGCGUCCAGUGGGAUUGGAGAGGAACUGGCUUACCAGCUGUCCAAACUAGGAGUUUCUCUUGUGCUGUCAGCCAGAAGAGUACAUGAGUUGGAAAGGGUGAAAAGAAAGUGCCUUGAGAAUGGUAAUUUGAAAGAAAAAGAUAUACUCAUUUUGCCCCUUGACCUGACUAACAGAAGUUCCCAUGAAAUGGCUACCAAAGCAGUUCUCCAGGAGUUUGGCAGAAUCGACAUUCUGGUCAACAAUGGUGGAGUAUCCCAGCGUGCUUUGUGUGUGGACACCAGCCUGGAUGUCUUCAAGGAGCUAAUAGAGCUUAACUACUUAGGGACGGUGUCCUUGACAAAGUGUGUUCUGCCUCACAUGAUUGAGAGGAAGCAAGGAAAAAUUGUUACUGUGAAUAGCAUUGUGGGAAUUAUAGCUGCACCCCUUUCUACUGGAUACUGUGCCAGCAAACAUGCUCUUCGGGGAUUUUUUAAUACCCUCCGAACUGAACUUGCCACCUACCCAGGUAUAACAAUUUCUAACAUUUGCCCGGGACCUGUGCAAUCAAAUAUUGUGAAAAAUGCCCUAACUGAAGAAGUCACAAAGACUACAGGCAGCACUGCAGAUGAGUCCCACAAGAUGGCAACCAGUCGUUGUGUGCGGCUGAUGUUAGUCACCAUGGCCAAUGAUUUGAAGGAAGUUUGGAUCGCAGAUCACCCUUUUUUGCUAAUGUUCUAUUUGUGGCAGUAUAUGCCAACCUUGGCCUGGUGGUUAAGCAACAAAGCAGCAAAGAGAAGGAUUGAGAACUUCAAGAGUGGUGUGGAUGCAGAUUCCUCUUAUUUUAGAAGUGUGAAGAAAAAACAUGACUGAAGGAGUACUUGCAUUUCUCAAGCCACUGGAAAGAGAAAUGGAAAACACAAAAAACGGCGAUCUUCUUACACAUUGAAGAAUAACUUUUCAUUUUAUUUCUUGAUAUAACUUUCUUUUCAAUAUGUAAUAAAUAACAAGAAUGACAGGA